ACACUCGCAGACACAACUCACACGCAUGCAGAAACACACCUUCGCUGCUCCAGAGUGCUUCAAUCUCCACAGACAGCGAGGCAGCGACACGCACGAGACUGUCUGCGAUGCACUUGUUAUGGAAAGAGAGAUGAUUGAAACUUGACCUGGAUAUCUGACUGUGCGAGGAAUAACCUUCCCAGCAGGAGGCUUUGAAUCCGGAGCUGCUGUUUCCCGCCUGUGCCAAACACAGAGAGGAUAGAUUUAAAGUUCUACCCCACCAGCGCUACUCAGAAGUACCAGAGGAAUACAAAAACACAAACAGUUUACACUGACUUGUCCCGCUGCGUCUUUUAUCCUCUACCUCUGCCCUGGCCGCUCAUUAUUGGCCUCCACGCUCCGGCCCUCCAGGGAACUUUUAUCCCUUUUAACAGCAGCAUCCAUCAGCUCAACCCGCCACCCAUUCAUCCGUCUCAUAAUGAACUCGUCUGCAUCCAUUACGUCCCUCUUCUCCUUCACCAGCCCGGCCGUGAAGCGCCUGCUGGGCUGGAAACAAGGGGACGAGGAGGAGAAGUGGGCAGAAAAGGCGGUGGACUCUCUGGUGAAGAAAUUAAAGAAGAAGAAAGGGGCGAUGGAGGAGCUGGAGAGGGCCCUCAGCUGCCCUGGACAACCUAGUAAGUGCGUGACGAUUCCCCGCUCGCUGGAUGGCAGGCUGCAAGUGUCGCACAGAAAGGGUCUGCCUCACGUCAUCUACUGCAGGGUGUGGCGCUGGCCUGACCUGCAGUCUCACCACGAGCUGAAGGCUCUGGAGUGCUGCGAGUUCGCCUUCGGCUCCAAGCAGAAAGACAUCUGUGUGAACCCGUACCACUACAGGCGCGUGGAGACUCCAGUCCUGCCACCUGUUCUGGUCCCCCGUCACAGUGAGUUCAACCCUCAACACAGUCUACUGGCCAAGUUCAGAAAUGCCUCCCUGCACAGCGAGCCCCUCAUGCCCCAGAACGCCACCUACCCGGACUCCUUCCCUCAGCUGCCCUGUGCUUCCUUCACCUCCUCCCCUUCCUCCUCCCUUGCUCAGUCUCCAACCUCGCAGAGUUACCCCAACUCCCCCAACAGCUCUGCUGAGCCCGGUAGUCCUUAUCACAUCACAGCUGAUACUCCCCCUCCUCCGUACAGCAUGAUGGAGACGAGCCCACAGGAGGACGUGAAGCCCAGCAACACAACGGAAAACCUCAAACUCACGUUUUCUGCCCCGCACAGAGAUUUACGGCCGGUAUGUUACGAGGAACCGGAGCACUGGUGUUCCAUAGCUUACUACGAGCUCAACAACCGAGUGGGUGAGACUUUCCACGCGUCAUCCCGCAGCGUCUUGGUGGACGGUUUCACAGAUCCGUCGAACAACAAGAACCGCUUCUGCCUCGGCCUGCUAUCCAACGUGAACCGCAACUCCACCAUCGAACACACACGCAGGCACAUAGGCAAAGGUUUACACCUGUACUAUGUCGGCGGCGAGGUGUACGCAGAGUGUCUGAGCGACAGCAGUAUCUUCGUCCAGAGCCGAAACUGUAACUUCCAGCACGGCUUCCACGCCACCACCGUGUGUAAGAUCCCCAGCGGCUGCAGCCUCAAAAUCUUUAACAACCAGCUGUUCGCUCAGCUCCUGGCACAGUCUGUCAACCACGGCUUCGAGGUCGUCUACGAGCUCACCAAGAUGUGCACCAUCCGCAUGAGCUUUGUUAAGGGCUGGGGUGCUGAAUACCACCGUCAAGAUGUCACUAGCACCCCCUGCUGGAUUGAAGUGCACCUGCACGGGCCCCUGCAGUGGCUAGACAAGGUGCUAACACAGAUGGGCUCCCCACACAACCCGAUUUCUUCCGUGUCGUAACAUGAACUGAAUAUUUGAGUGUGUAUUUUAGGUUCUGCUACGUCCAGGUUUUCUGUCCUAUGGUCCCUUUUUUGGUCCCUUCAGCUAAAUUAAGAAAAUCACGUACCAUCCCCUUUGUCAUGUACUCAAAACAUGAUAGACUGAAUUUUAUUCAGCUCAUAUAAGUGAAAUGAUCAGGCGUUACUUAGUCCAGUAAGGCGAUGAUAAAGCAUCUCUCUGUUCUUGUAAUUGGGACGUUAUCUGCACUCCAGAAUGUCAAAAAUUGGGAUAUUUUCGGCGGUACCCAAAAAAUGUUUCACUAUGUGCUGUAAAUGUUAACACAAUGGAAUGUACUGUAUUUACAUGUGUUGACUUGUUGUACUGGGAUAUUUUCAUAGGUACCCAAAGGUUGUUUUACUGUGUUGUAAAUGUUAAUAAGAUGUACUGUAUUUACAUGUGCUGACUUGUUGUACUGGUUGCUUUUAUUUGUUUGAUUAAAGUUGUUUUUACGUAA